AUGAAGCUCUGGCAUUUAGCCUCGGCUUUCGCCCUGCUGGCAGAGCCAUUUGUGUUGGCUGAUCUCGCCUACUGUGCCACCGAUAAUACUGGAUCUGAUUACAGUGCAGUCACCGAUACCUACCAAUCCAAUGGAGCCUGUCAGUCGACUUGCGCUAGCUAUGCUCUCGGUGUCCUGCAAGGCAAGAAGUGCUGGUGUACAAACGUUGUGCCCUCGAAAUCUUCCCAAAAGGCCACGAGCAAGUGUGAUACGAGUUGUCCUGGAUAUCCCGACGACAGCUGUGGCAGUGCAGCCGAUGGUGUCUUCGCCUACGUGAGCGUUGGAAGCAAAAGCCCCACCAGUACUGAAGGUGGCUCUGGUGGAACGACCACCACCUCGACCAGCUCAACUUCCUCCUCUACCACCACCUCCACCACGGGCAACAUCGUCAAGGAGACAACAUCAGGCGGCCAAGUCAAGACUAUCACAGUUGCUGGCUCAAGCUCCACCUCCGGCGCGGAUACUUCCAACACACAGGCUAGCGACGAGAAAUCUGGCCUCAGCGGCGGCUCGAUUGCCGGCAUUGUCAUCGGUGUUCUGGGAGGACUGGCCUUGCUUGGUGGCCUGAUCUUCAUGAUCUUCUUCUACCGCAAGCGUGCCCGCUCGGCUAGCCCUAUUCCCAGCAACGCGGACAUGGCGGAAAACCGAACUAGUCAAGGCUCCAGCUUCGUCAGGGGUGUUUUCCCCAGGGCAGUGAUGGCGCAGGAAACGGACUCGGUCGCCAAAACACCUACACCGACACCCGUAUGA